GGAAGAUUAAACAUUGGUGGAAGGGUGAGUGCAGGCGUGCCGUCAUCAUGUCGUCGUUCCGUGAGCUGACCGGUAUGUGAUCGUCCGAAGACUGGGACAAGAUGAGAAGUGGGUUGAUCGCGAUUCUGAUAUGUUGAGGGCUUGCUAAUCGUAUCGUCUUGCAGUGUGGAAAGGCCUGGGAUGGGUGAAGCCCACUGACGCCGAGUUCAUCUAAACACAGGGCGUACUUCUGGAGGAACCACUGCAGCUACAGGACCAGUGUCCAUACAGCGUAGCCGCAUUGAAACACAACCCAAUUCGCAGCGAUGAUGUCUUCUGCCUUCGUCGUGGUGUUCGGUGCAGGCUUGUCAACAACUUGGCGCGCGGUCCGGGGAGCUCGCGAGGAGCACCGCCGCGAUAGGCAUGGGCGAACGGAAGCAUCCACAAGGCACCUCCUGCUGACGUGGUGUGAGAAUGCACUUACGGACGCCAAGUCGAAUGUAGCACCGGGGCCGGCGGCUUCGCUGGGCCAGCUGCCUCAAAGAGAAUGCGCGGGCAGCAACGCCCAUACAAGCUUGAUUGAGUUCGUCAUGUUACGGUUACGAACAGAGACUGAACAAUGCACAGCAAAGAAGCAGCGGGUCCGGACACACAGGUGCAAACGAGGCGAGCUUGAGAGAGUUGCAGUCCAUGUUUAGCUUGCGCCCGGCUGCUGACAAAAGCCCGCUCCCACUGAGGCUUUGCAAGCAGCCUGAAGUCGCUGAGCGAGCGGAGUGUUUCGAGGGCAGCCCAGACGUAG